AUCAUCUCCGGAAUUACGUUUAUGCGCUUUACAACUUUCAGUCGUGCCAAACGAUGUUUUUUCUACAUCGACGGGGAAUUCCUACAUUCGAGGAUUUUGACCGGUAAAGCGGCGAAUCUGGAAUCCAAUGAAAAUAAAAUCGUGAUCGAACCAACUACUAGGUAUUCGUAAUAUAUAAAUAGGUGUCCGCCUAAUUGCAUCAUUUCCACAAUAUUGUGCCGACGGUGGUUAUCGCCGGUGAGUUGUGUUCCGUUUUUUACAUCGCCAUCGACAUCAUGCCCGCCUUGCCAGCAAAUGGUCGUUUCAAUGGCUGUGAUAGUGACCGUUCGCGUACUCCCACCUUCGUUGUGGAUGAUGCUGACAUUUUGUUUCAGAUGGACAUCGAGCAGAGCCAAAGCCACAACCUGAAAUGCAGCGUGUGCAGCAACUACCUGAACGUGGCCCCAGUAAUGACUUCGGAUGACGGCAAAGUGAACAAGUGCGGCAGAUGCCUGUUCAGAGAGCCGAUUUUGAACAACAGAAACACCCUUUACGAAUCCAUCGGCGCCAAACUGAGCUUCCCUUGCGCGCACGAGGACUGUUCAGAUCGGAUAUCGUGGCCGGAGGUGCAGAAACACGAGAGAUCCUGCACGCAUCGGAAGAUCGAGUGCCCGUUUUGGAAUUGCAGAGAUAAAGGACUGCAUUUUGUUAUCUUGAACGACAUCGGUCAUUUCGAGACCUGCCACCCGGGGUCUUUGCACAAAGACAAGCUGACGUUAAGUCUGCAGAACGUCACGCAUUUGCAGUCGUUCAUGAAACUGCUUAUGGUGGAUGACGUCCCGUUUCUUAUAAUGGUGCAUUGUAUAAAGUUCGGUGAGAUGGUGCUCAUUGGCGUUUACAACUUCGACAACAAAAUCUACGACUACGAGAUCAAAAUGUAUUCGGAUCAACACAACAGAAGGUACCUAGUGUUCAAAGAGCGGGUUUUCCUUUACGCGGAAGACCAGCACUGUUUGUAUUGCCUGCAGAACAUUUGCGAGUUGCAAACGCACAGAUUUUCGAAAAAAUAUCCGGAAAUGCAAAAAGACAAAUAUAAGUAUUACGCGAAAAUUGAUACGAUGUGUACGAAGAAUGUCUUGAUAACGGAGAACGUUCUGUUCGAAAUUAGUAUUAAGGAGAAGCUAGACGCAAAAUCGGAAAAUUCAAGUACCGAAGGUUAGUGCUGAUUGUUUGAAGUUUUGUAAAGGACUGUGAAUAUUGGAAUGAACACAGUGAGAAAAAGUGGGGAAUGUCUAAACGUACUUCUUUAGUGCCUUCAGUAUCCUCCAUCCCAAAGAAAUAAAAACAUAUUUUUGAAUGCUAUUUGAUUUCACUUCAGUUCUUAUAUUGUUCCUGACAUUCGCUAUAGUUACGGACCCAGUUGAUAAAGAGGAUAAAACGUGAAGAUUAGUUUUAUUAUUCGCUACAUGUACAAUUCUACAUUCAUCUAUCCUCGUCAGUUUUCUCCAUUGCCAGUAUUUAAUCAUUUCUGUGAGUAUUGAAUAGAUGUGUAUAUUUGUGGUUAUUGUAUGAAAAACAUGUAAAUAAUAUAUAUUACUCUGCA